CACCGCUGCUGCUGGAGUUCAAACAAACACAACUCCAUCUGUCAGCGCGCGCGCACUCUCCGGCUCUCAGUUAACUACUGCAAACCACGUAUAACACUUCACGAAUGUGAUAUUAAAAGACAAAGCCGGUCUCGGGGCCUUCGAUGUAAAUAACGAUGGAACAAGAGGAGAGUAAGAUAUCGGUGUGGGUCUGCCGGGAGGAGAAGUUGGUGUCCGGGCUCUCCAGACGCACCACCUGCGCGGAUGUAGUCAAAGUGCUGCUGGAGGACCAGAACUUCCAACAGGGUGCGAUGCUCAGCGGUCCUCCGCAGUCCUACUGCAUCGUGGAGAAAUGGAGAGGGUUUGAGCGGAUUCUGCCGAAUAAAACGAAAAUCUUACGGCUGUGGAGCGCAUGGGGGGACGAGCAGGAGAAUGUGCGCUUCGUCCUGGUGCGGAGCGACGCGUCGCUGCCCAACAACGGGCCGAGGAGCGCAGAAGCGCGGGUCGUGCUCAGCAAAGAAAGCCCCUGCACCUCCAGAACCACCAUGCCAUUCUCACAGGAAAAACAGCGGAGGAUUGUACGCAAGGCUUUUAGAAAACUGGACAAAAUAAACAGGAGGAAAGAAGAAGUUUCGAAAGACAAAUCCGCGGAGAAAAUGGAAACUCUCGUUCAUCUUAUUAUUUCCCAGGAUCAUACUAUCCGACAGCAGGUACAGCGGAUAAAAGAGCUGGAUGGCGAAAUCGAGAGGUUUGAAUCAAAAGUUCACUUCGACAGAAUGAAAAUUCACGGCGUGAACUAUGUUCAGGACACUUAUUUGCUGGACCAAGGAGACUCGAGCGCGCGUUCGGACGCGGCUUUGGCGCAGUUUGAGGAAUACGCGUCCCGCUGCGACCAAGUCAUUCAACUUCAGGAGGAACUAACCGAGAGGGAGGCUCUGAUGGAGAUCCUGACCGGGGAAAUACAAGAGGAACUCAACCACCGGUGGAUGAGGAGGAGAAAAGCGGAGCUUUCCGGCAAAGACGCAGAGAGCUCUGGAGAAGAAACGCCUCUGAAGGUGUCUUCAGUCGCUGAGGAAUCGCUCCCGGAACACCUGACAGACACCGAACUCCAGUUAGAGGAGGAGAGGAUCAAAACUCAACUGGAUACUAGUUUAUACAUAGGGCUGCGCUUGAACACUGAUCUGGAGACGGUGAAGAGCGACUUGGACAUGAGUCAGGAGCUUUUGGACUCGAAGGAACGGGAGUUGAGGGAAUUACUCGAAAAGGUUCACAGAUUAGAUGAGCUGGAAGAAAAGCAAGCUGAGGACGGUAAAGAUGAGGGAGAAGCAAAGACACUGCCUUCAGUAGACAAUGUUUGGGUGGAGCAGGCGAGGGGAAUGUCCAAAACAUGCACCAAUGACGACGAUUCGGACACCGGACUAAGUUCAAUGCAUAGCCAGGACUCGGAUAAUAACGCGCCUGUUUGCGAGUCACUCGUGUGACAAAAAUCGCAGGAGUGGUUCGAAACUGCGCGAACUCAGGGAACACUGCGCCUCUAAGGUUUCUCUCUUUAUAAGAGAGGAACGCAUGUAAAUGAUACCAGUGUAGUGUUAUGAUCGCCUCACUCUGAUAUUGCCUCACUUGUACACAUAGCUUGUAAGGUGCAACUUACAAAGUUAGAGCAAAUUAACCAAUGCAUAGACUGAGAGAUGUCCACUGUGUGCUGACUAAUGUUAUACCAAAACUAUGUACUUGUGUUACGUAGCCUUAUGUUUAAAAGUUACAGUUUGAGUUUUGUGGGUUUUUAGUUCAUGCAGCUUUGCUCUUUCUGGAUAUUAUGUACACAUAUUUGAUUUUUGUACCUGUCUUUGAUCUGACCGUUUGAUGGUUAUUUGUAUGAUUCAAUUUGUUCAGAAAACAAAAAGGCUUUUCGCUGGUGCUUGAGCAGAUCAUACAUGUACAAAAUUAGCCACUAAAUAAUCAAUCAGAACAUAAGACACAUAUGACGAUUGCGUUGUAUUUCUUUUCUAGUAAAUGCAUCCUGCACCAAGUUGAUUUUUGUCCAAUCAGAUACUCUCAAAUUUAAAGGAUUUUGUAAUUCACCUGACAUGCCCCGCCCACACUGAUUGUUUACAUGUUAGCAGUAAUCAAAUCAGACCAAUUAUGUCAAACCAAUGUACCACUUUCUUCCUAUGAUGUUAGAGGGUGUGAAACUUUAGAGAACAUCUGAUUGGACAAAAAACCUACGCAGUGCAGGAUGAGUCAUCAAUCAUUUAAAACCAUUCUGUCAUAUGAGAAUCUGCAAAUAUUUCAUAUAUAAAAGCGAGUUUCUGAAACUAAAAAAACACAAAACUCAAAACGCUUGAUUAAACGGUGUCUUUAAUUGUCUUCAGAAUUAUUUAUUGUGCAACAUUUACAGUAGGAAGCUAACAGCUAAUAAGUGUUAAUCACUUCCAUCUUCACCAGCUGACUGAUUAGAAUGAUUCACUAACAGCUUUUACAAUUUUGCCUAAGCAGAUCGACACGUUGUGCAGUUGUAAUUAAAUGUGCGUGCCAAGCACUGCUGUUUAUUCAUUCUUCUGAGGAGCUGAUGCGUGAAUUCCUGUUAUCUUACACUAAGGAGAAACACUGAAGUGAUUUCAGUGAGACCCCAGCAAUUAAACAUACCAGACAUACUGGAAUUUGCUG